CGACUUGUAUCGCUAAAGACUAGGAUGACUGAGAGGUAGUGGCGGUGACCUCCGUUUGAAUGUUUCUUACGAGAGUCGGUGGACGCGACGAAAGUCGCGGCAUGGGAAGCGGUGGCGGUGUCUACACGAAACGUCAUCACCCAAGAGACGCGUCCUGCACUUCUCCAUACGGCUACGCCUGUCAGCCAAGCUACCCUCCCACCGCCGCUUCUCCACCACCGGCGCAGUUAUGUGAACGAACGGCCGAAUCGGCAGCGGACCGCUGCGUUACGCCGCUGGCUUUUCAAACCCCGCGUUCACCGCCUCAGUCUCCAGCCACGCCGACCUCCGCCACGGCUGGAAAAUACAGCUUUGGAGUGUUCCUACAGAACUGCCAGGUGGCGGGAGAUUUCCUUCAGCUAAGAGCGGACGGCGCGACGACGCACACGCCCGUCCGUCUCUACCUCACGGACACCGAGCUCGUCAAGAAGACGUCCGUUAGUGGAUCUACGACCUACGCACACGAUCGAGACUUUACCAUCUCCCGCUAUCCGCUGCAGAACGUGCAAGUGUCUGCGAGCAGAGUCUCGUCGGCGACGCUAGUAGUGUCCGUCCUAGGAAAUGCACCGUCGUCGUCGAACGGUCGGGUAUCCACCGUCGUGGGAGUAGCGGAUGAUCUGAGUUGCACUACAGACACCUCUGGUUUCCCAUCCUGCUCCGUCCACCCGCAGCUCCACAGCGAUGAAUUCUGGCAGUGCAACGGGAAAACGGUCACAGAAGGAUCUCUGUCGAUCGAUACUCGGCGCAGACCUGUUGUGGUCGAAGCUUACCGACUGCAAUCGGACACACAGACCGCCGCCGCGGAAGGAGUCCAGCAUUGGAUAUCCAGCGUAGAGAAGAGGAAACGGAAACUUGAUAUGCUCGAAAGGUUGAGACAGACUCUAACUGCUACAAAUUCGACAACUGCCGCAACCGUCCAUACAACGGCAACUCCGCCAGCAUCAGAAUCCACUUCGGCUCCACUCUCACCACUCUCACCACUCAGUCCUGCACGUCGAUCUCCGCCCAUCCCCAUCUCGGUGAAAACAACCACAACCGCAUCUGCCACCAGCACAACCAACUCCACUCCGAGGAGACAUCCUCACAAUAGAGGCAGCGAAGUUCUCUUCAGACACUCUGGCUACGAUUACCCCUCGUUCGGUUCACCACCGACACGAGAAAAGUUCCCAACCACCACAAACGGUCGGUACACCCCCCUCCACCAUCACUACACUCCCCAUCCUCUCUUUUCACACUCCAACCAUCACACAAAUGGCAACGGUUCGGCCGUACAACAACUACGGCAACGACGAAAACCGACUGCCAAGGAACCGUUUCGUCUCCUUCGUCGACUGUCCCUCGGAGCUGGCACUAGUGGAUCUUAUCAAUUCCCACCUCCACCCGAACACAGGGAACGCAUUCGAGAUGAGAGCAAAUCCGGUAGGGGAAGAAAUGGCAUCGGGAGAACCACGUACAUGUACUCUCUUUCGCAAGACGAUUCCCUCCCUCCCUCCGUUAUUCCUCCGAGUAUUUCGCAAUCCGAGAUCCAUUCUCGAAAAGUUGGAGAUGCAUCGCCGCAGCAACAAACCACGCCCACCCACAAAAGUGGUGCAGUCUCAAGGAGUUGGAAACAACGGCGAUCAAUAUUCUCUCGCUCUGUGUCCGAAAAUUGCAAUUUCUCUGAACACCUUACCCAGACAGCAGAAUCCCCUUCUAGUGACACUGUAACGAAAUCGUUAACUUCACAACACCUCCUAGAAAGUGCAUAUCCUUCCUUUAGUACCGUAGCUGCAGGUAGCACUGGGAAUCACAUUUCGGGCGAAGUUUCUUCAGUGAGUGACGAUGGGAUUCCUACUGAACUCAGGGCACUCCAAUCACUUUUAACAAAUCUCACGUCAUCGUGCAGCUCACCCUCCACCCCUCUCCCUCCCUCCACUCACCACAACCACCAGUCACCAAACACUGCUCACUCCUCUCCCCACACUCCCUCCGACGACGAAGAAAACGAAAAAGGUGGCGGCCACCGCGACAACGACGAAGGCUUCCAAUCGUUUCUCAGACACAAGCAGAUCCGCGGACGCAAAAUACACGUCUCUCCGCGAGCAAACAACUCAAACAGCAUCUACUCUGAAACUUCUCUCGCCUCCUUUGUGGAUGGACAGAUUCUCUAUUCCUCCGCCUGUUUCUCCUCCCACCACUCCCACCACUCCCACGACUGCUACAUCCACUGGUAGUGGAACUACAGGUGACGGCAGAAUGAAGGCCGGGAACUCUUCAUCUCUGCCUCGUAGACACAGAGUCAAGACUGAAUCGACGCCUGCAGGGGCGCGGACUUCGAAAACUCUAGAUCGUGAAGGAUCGAGCAGCCCGGGACCGAAAUCGACCAGCAAAACUCCGAAACUGUUCAAACGGUUUCAUCGCCACCGUCGCUGGCGGUCCUCGUCGGGCGUCAAGCUGGAGGAAGAGAUGAUCCCUCGGAAGAAUUCCUCAAUCCAUCGCUGCUAGAUCUGAAGCAACAACCGCUAGUAGGAGGGGCAGUGGUAGAUAGACUGUAUCUCUUGCCGGUGAGGGAGGUGGCUGAGGGUCUGACGCAGAUAGAUGCCGAGCUACUCGGUCGAAUCUCACCGGACGAAAUCCGCGACGGAGCAUGGAUGAAGAGAGGCCAAAAGGUCAGAGAGUCACUAAGUACGGUGGUACUUGGUAUUAUAGCGAUGUAAUACGUAAACUAUUGUGGUCUUUAGGGCAUUAUGCAACUCCCUCUCAUCAACUACAUACAACAACA